UUCAAUCACCUCUUACGUGUACGCAAUUCAUUCUCAUUUCUUCUUUUUCACUGUUCAUUUUAUUCUUCCAAUUUCUCUCCAUCUUGGCAUCUUCAACUCCCAUGGCUGCGCCGCCCCGCUCCGUUCACUGCCAAUUCCGCUCCUCCUUGCCCGACGUCCCACCACGAUCGCCGCCUCUUUCCGUUUCGCUUCCCAAACUCAAGCCCUCCGAUUCGGAAACCCCGAAGAUCGUUCUACAGCCUCGUUUAUGCACUCUGAGAUCCUUCGGAUCCGAUCCGGUCGUUCCUAUCAAGACUAAAAGAGUUGCCACUGGAGACGAUGCUGCAAACGACGACGUUUCCCCGUUCUUUGCGACUCUAUCGGAGUACAUAGAGAGUUCAAAGGAUAGCCACGAAUUCGAGAUCAUCUCUGGCCGCCUCGCUAUGAUUGUGUUUGCGGCGACUGUAACAAUGGAGGUAGUGACGGGAAAUUCAGUAUUUAGAAAGAUGGAUUUGGAGGGAAUUGAGGAAGCAGUAGGAGUUUGUUUGGGAGCUGUUACUCUGGCAGCCAUUUUUGCGUUCUCCUCCAACGCUCGAAACAGAGUAGGUCGAAUCUUCAGCAUCAGCUGCAACACCUUCAUUGAUUCGCUUAUUGACCAGGUCGUCGACGGCCUUUUCUACGAAGACGACACCGGCGAUUGGUCCGACGACAUUUGAAUGCUCCGGCGGUGGAAACAGAGGUAUGUAUGUAAGUAUGUAUAUAUAAAUAUUACAUACAAGUGGAAUUGAAACACAUUCAAUUCAACAGUGUAAGAAAUUUAUGCAUACAUAUAUAUAGAACUUCAUUUGAGGAUUUUCUCUGAUGAAGUGAGAAAGAAUCUGAAAUAGUUAAAGGGUUGCGUAAACGUGAUCUUGUAUUGUUAUUCUAGGCCAACUAUUUCAUGAUUGAAGAAGUUUCACUUGAUUAGAUGAAAUUUAAUGAAGACCAGUUUUCUUUUAAUGCAUAAAAUGUGAUGAUACAAAGCUUUUGUAGUGAGACAUUGCUAUUUAGGUAAAUGUCUAUAUACGAGGAAUCAUGUACUUUGUUGUCUUUUUGAGAGAUGAGAAGUCUCUCCUGAAAUCAAAUGGAUGGUAAAUAUUAUUAUA